UAUACGUCAAUGUUUAAAUACAUAAUUGUUCUAAUUAAGUAAUCAUAUUUUAGUCCGUUUAGUGAGAUUUUACUUCCUACUUAUUUUAGAACGAUUUUUUUUUUAAUUUGAUCAAAGUUGACGUUGACGUUUUGACUAACAAAAUAUCGCUAAUCGCACACAAUCUAAAAAAAAUAUUAACAAUACUGCCAAUAACAACAAAUUGGUUUUCGAAUAAUUUAUUGAAAUUGAAUUGAGAAACAUUAAAAAAUAAGUAACUAUCGGAAAAAAGUAAUAUUUUUAUCAAUAUUUUAAAAUGGCUUUUGUAUAUCAAGGAGACGCAGAAUUAGAAACGAAGGCCCGAAAAGCCUCAGAAAGAAUAUCAGAGAACAUGCACAUAGUCGCUAAUGAGCCGUCACUGGCACUGUACAGACUUCAAGAGCAUGUUCGGAAAGCCUUGCCACCCAUGGUGGAGCGGAGGGUGGAGGUGACAAAGCUGCAGCAUGAACUACAAGGACGAUGCUAUGAUGUUGAGUAUGCUUUAAGUGCAGUGAAAUCAAUGGAUGGUGCCGCAGCAAGCUUCAAGAAUAUACAAGAAAUGCUCAAACAGUCUAUAUUUUUAAAGCAACAACUUAAAUAUGAGGAGGCUAGGAGAAAUAAAAAAGAUUCAAACUCUGUGUACAAACGUCUAUCUGCUCACAUUGUGCUUGACUUGCCAGAUCUGACUGACUUUUCCAUGGUUCGGGAGACCACCAGUAGGAUAGAAAACAUGAUGGCACAUGCUCGGGGCUCUUCUGCAGAGCUGCAUAGAUCCCAUACCACUUUGCAUUAGGCCUGUAUUGCUUGUUAACAGUAUUUUGCAUUUAUAGUUCCAUAUUUCUAACCUUUAUAAUAUCACAUGAUAACUUAGCAAAUCCAGUUUGAAUAGUAUUAUUAAUAUAGUAUAUAGAAUAGUAUUAUAAAACAUAAAUAAUGGAGCUAUAAAUCAUCAAAGCAGGUUUAAGUUGCAUGCAAGGACAUUGACAUCAAUGGAUCUCAUUUAAAUAAUAAUUUGGUUUUGGCACAUAACUCACUCACUUGGCCAAAGGGAGUAUGCAUAAUGUACUAGUACCUAUUUGGAAAAAAAAACUGCAUUAAAUUGCAUUAGACCAAAGUAUUGUCAAUUACUGUUUCUAAAUUAAGUAAUGAAUGGCCCAAUAUUGACUUUUGUUCGUAUAAUAAUAAAUUUUACCGCCAAUUGUUAAGAUAUGUGCCAAUACAAAACCUCAAGCCCACCUAAUUGAUUAAUAGAGUAUUUAUAAAAUGUUUAAUGGUUUAAAACUAAUAUUACUUAUAAGACAUAUAUUUUUUAGGCUGCCAUAAUCAUUUAACACGUUGACUGCGGCCCACACAUGUGUUUUUAAGUGUGCAACGCUACUGCGGUAUCACACGCCAGUUGUUUUAAAAACAUCUCAAUAAGGGUGUGGGAGCACACGCCUCGUGUCACAAUGAGUGCUACGAGAAUGCGGCAAAACACACACGGUGUGUCGUACAAGUCGCACUGGCGUAGCGCUCAUUUUAACACACUAGACUUAUGGGGCGCUCUGGCCUUUUGGGUUCGCUAUGCGAGUACGAGUCGACACACCAGGUGUUUAUUGUGCCGCAUAGAUGCUAAUUUAUUGUUUUAGCGCUGCAGUCAACAAACAUUCCGUACGAACUUUUUGUUCGUUAAUAUGUCCAUCUUGCUUGCUCUCAAUGGAUUCUGAAGCUUCUAGUCAUUUUUGCUUGGUGUUCGUGCUAAGUUACAUUCAUAAUGUAAGUUAAUUUAAUUAAAUUAUUACUAAUAAAUACUAACAUUUUAAAGGGAA